UUCUAGCAGGUUACAGGUUUGAGCUGUGCCUCUAAUCUCCUUUCAAUUUGGGUCCAAAUUUCUGGAAAACCUAAGAAUAUUAAUGUUAAUACAAAAGAAAUUGAAAAAAUAAUGAAGAAUAGGGAAUUACCUUCAUCUCACAUUCUCUACUUUCCAUUGAAGCCCCGGCCUGAUAAGCUGGGUUGAAGCUGUAUUGUUCUCCAGCUCUAUCCACCUCUCCUAAGAACGACAUCCAAGAUCCAAAUCUAUAAUUACAAAUAUAGUUUUCGAUGGAAAAUUAAACUGAACUUGAAAUGGUGUAAAUACCCAACCAACCACGCUGCCAUUAUCGUUGUCCCAACAAAAUUGAAUUGUUACCGUCGUGGCUAAGUUCGAAGACGGACAACAACCAUCUGAAAAAUUAAUCUAUUAUUAUUCCUCCAUUUUUGUACGAAGUAAUAAAAAAGAAAUGCGGAAGAAGCUGGUCUCUCGCGAGCGAUGAGCAGCGACAUUAGAGCUCGAAGAGCAGACAAAACCCUAGAAAAAAAGGCGAGCAGCUUACCCGACCCGAGAGGUUUGUGCACGCGGCUCUGAAAAGACAAAAAGAAAGAUAUGUUAAAUCUUCUUAAUAAAUGCAAUUGGACUUGAGGCAGGAGUAUAUAUACACUGCUUUCCUUCUCCACCCCUCCCAUAAAAUAAUUAAAAAAAACAUUUGUAAAUCUUUACCCACUCACUCUGUUUUUUGUUCUCCAAUUUUUUUAGAACUCUGUUUUCUCUGAGUUAUGGUUUUAAUCCAAAUCCACUCUUUCGAGUGAAGUCCACCAUUUUCAGUUCUUUGCCUCUGUAAUGGAUUUGUACAGCUUUAACAACAUCAAGGCGGAGAAGGUGAAAGCCAUGAACAAGUACCGGAGGAUGCAGAAGGUGACGGCCGUGUUCCGGCUCGUCGAGUUCUGCUUCCUCGUGUUCAUGUUCUCGAGAUUCUCCCUCCGGUUCCCUCGGGACUUCAAGUUCCCCGAGGUCGAUUUCAGGGGAAUCUUGGGUCACCUGAUCAGUCCCCGGGUUUUGUUCGUCGUCGGGAACGCCAUAGUCAUCGUCCUUUACCGAAAAUCAAAGGGCGGCUCUUCUUGUUCGGGAGACGGUAGUGGGGAGAUGGAAAAACAGAGCAUCUCUGUUCGAGAAGAAGAAGAUGGAGUUUCCCCGGCGAAAUGCAUCAAGAAACAGGGGAGGCAGAGCAUCUCUGUUUCAGGGGAAGAAGAAGAAGAAGAGGAAGAAACUCCGGGGAAGCGCCGGAAAAUGAACAGGAGCCGAUCGGAGGGCCGGAGCAUGGGCGCCGGUGCGGAGGAGAGUGGCAGGGAGCUGAGGCGUUCCGCCACGACGGUGAAGUGCCGGGAAAAGGAGGAGGAAGGCGGCGGAGGGGAGGAGGAAAUGAGCAGCGAAGAGUUUAGGAAGAAGGUGGAGGACUUCAUAGCCAGGCAGCAGAGGUUGUUAAGGGAAGAAGAGUUUUCAACUUUUGUUUCAUGUGGAAAAUAGUUGCCCUAAUAUUUAAGGGCACCCCUGGUAGUGAAGGACAUGCGCCCUACUUACUUUGGUCACAUAACCAAGGAAUAUCUAUAUUGAUGAAGAAGAUUGCCACAUGAAGAAGAAUGCAUCAAUAGUGGAUUAGUAGUAGAGAGUUAGAGACUAUUCUUCAAUAUAUAGCAUUAGCAUUA